CUUCCCUUCUUCAUUCCCCAUUCCCCAUUUGUGGGAACGUUAACACACACACUUCUUAACACAACAACAACCAACAACCAACACAUCACAGAUCUCUCUCUCUCUCUCUCUCUCCAAAUGGAUCAACCCAGAUUCGUAAUCGAAGCAUCCGAAGCCGAAUCCAUGGCCCAAUCCUCCGGCAUAACCCUCACCCAACUCCUCCCAUCUCUGGUUGCCUCCGCCCAGACCCUCGCCCGUCCCCCAAUCUCCAAGUUCCCCGUCGCCGCCGUCGGAGUCGGAUCUUCGGGUCGGAUCUACGUUGGCGUGAACCUCGAGUUCCCGGGUCUACCCUUCCACCACACCGUACACGCUGAGCAGUUCCUCGUUACAAACCUCUCCAUGAAUGCGGAGACUCACCUCGAGUCCUUCGCCGUCUCCGCCGCCCCCUGCGGCCAUUGCCGCCAGUUCCUCCAAGAAAUUCGCGGAGCCCCAGACAUCAAACUCCUCAUAACCUCCGAAAAGGAUCCUCAGUUCACACCUCUGUCACACUUCCUCACCCAACGUUUCGGUCCACAUAACCUUCUACAUAAAGGGGUACCCCUUCUAUUGGAGCCUCAUCAUAACGCUUUGUCCCUUCUUCUCAAUAACGAUUUACCAAUAAUACCCAAUGGAAUCUCCAAUGGUUAUUCGCCAAAUGCCGAGUUAAAGUUUGCAGCUUUGGAAGCUGCCAACAAUUCUCAUUCACCGUAUAGUGGGUCCCCUUCUGGUGUUGCUCUAUUGGAUUCUCAAGGUAACAUUUUUAAAGGAUCUUACAUGGAAUCUGCAGCUUAUAACCCUAGCUUGGGACCCCUUCAGGCUGCUUUGGUUGCUUAUGUUGCCGGCGGCGGCGGUGACUAUGAUAAGGUUGUUGCCGCUGUUUUGGUUGAGAAGGAUGGAGCUGUCAUAAGACAAGAACACACUGCUAGGUUGUUGCUCCACUCUAUCUCCCCACACUGUCACUUCAAGGUUUUCCUUUGCUGUUCUAGUGCUUGAAGAUUGAACAAGAUCAAUUUCUGUGUACCACAAAAAAAAAAAAUGAAAAUUGAGUGGAUUUUCUAAUCAUUUCAUUUCCAAGCCUGGAUAUAUAUUAUGGUGUAUAAUAAUCCCCUUUUAUUAUGUCUU